CAGAGAGGACUUAGGAGCUCCCUGGCAAAUUUUGAGCCACUCUAACAGCAGGAGCAACACUUUAAGCAGGAAAACUCAGGUGAAAAUGGCUCCCAAAAGACGAAAGACUGCAGAAAAACCACCGGAUAUCAGACGCUUCUUGGGGAAGGAAAAUGAUGUUCCUGGCGGUGGCAUCCAAACACCAAGAAAGAAGACAUUGGGUGUGACGGAGCCUCUGAUGAAUCGAAGGGUUAAGGAAGUUAAGACGGGAGAAUCUGGAACUUCAAAGCAGGCUGACCAUCAGCAUUCCUUCACAGUCAAAUUUGGUGCAGAUGGGCCAGAACACACAGUUACUUGUACACAACCUCGCACUGUGCUCCAGGUUAUAAAAUCCCACGAAAGCCAACAAUUUAAAGAGAAAAUAAAGAAACCAGAAGAAAACAUCAUCAUCAAGUUGGGUAAAGGGAAUGAUUGCCACAUUGUUGCAACACAUUUUCCUUGUUCCUGUGUUGAUGAAGGAGAGCGUCUGACAAUAAUUACGUCAGCUAGUGAGGUAGAGAAAAAGCAAAAAGAGACCAGCGUCCUCCCAAAAGACAACUAUUCUGUUUUCUUCAUAGAUAAAGAAGGAGGGAAAAAAUGCAAAACAAAAACAGCUGAGAUAUUUAGAUGUAACACUAUUCCUGGGAAAUUUAGGUAUUACCGUGUUUAUGCAAAAAAGGGGAUGAAAAUAAAGGAAGCUCUAAGACUGGACGGGCGCUUUGUCGAUUAUCUCUCAGACUUCUCUUUGUCAUGUAACAAAAAUGGUAAAUUGACAAGGUGUACAGAAAUAGUUGACUGCCUACACGAGAAGAAAUUCCAGAUAUGUUUGGAAAAGAAAAAAAUUCCUGAUGUACAACAGCCAAUUCAAAAGCAACAAUCUGCAUCAGAUAAUUCACAAAACAAUGAAACCACAACCGUUCUAGAGUAUGCAAAGAGUAACAGUGUCAGUAUACAGACAGCAAUAAAAGAAACAGGGAGUGAGGUCGAUCUGAAGGAGAUCAAGAAUCUCCUGCAGCUGCAGUUUCCAGACCUGAAAAAAUGGAUGGAGGAGAGAUUUCCUGGUCGUUCCUUUAGGAAAGCCCUGGAACUGAAGAAGGAGAAGUUUGGAAAUAUCCAACAGUCCUUUAGUGAAGUCCGCACAAUCAGAGAGCUGGUAAGGCUCAGUGAGUCUGUUUGUCUCUUGGAGUUAAAGGAAAAUAAGUCAAACUUUAAAGUUCAGGGCACAGGCUUUGUGCUGUUUGACAACUUUUUUCUAACCAACGCCCACUUGUUUAAAAGGUGGCAGGAAAGUGGGAUACAAAACUGGUGGGAAUAUUUUACCAUCACUGCAACUUUCAACUCUGAAAAACGAGAUGGAUCAGAGAGAACAUGGCAGGCGAAGGGUGUUCUUGGGAAUAAUGAUUUAGAUUAUGCUCUAUUAGAGCUCACCUGUGAGAGUCCAACCCCUGGACCAACAGAGACAGUACCACCAGGGCUCCUGGAGAGAUUGGGUCCAGUACCAGAACCAAAUGAUGAUGGUGGGGCUUGUAUUAUUGGUCAUCCAGGAGGAGGAGUGAAGAAAAUGGAUCUGACCUGUGUCAUUGGGAAAGAAAACAUGGAGCAGGCUGUCGAACAGAAUUUACAGUCCUAUAGAGAUUAUCUUUUUACUGUCUACUCAAUCAAUCAUCAGAUCAAAAGGCACCCCUUUGCAGAUAUUCAGGUAAUCUACAACUCCUUCAUGUAUCAUGGCGCCUCUGGCUCCCCGGUGUUUGACGCUUAUGGACGGGUCUUUGGAUUGCACACUGGUGGAUUUUAUUUUGACAAGCCAAUAGCUGGCCACAGCGUUAUUGAGUAUGCCUUCCCUCUGCUCAAAGUGUUUGAAAAUCUUCUGGAUGAAAUGAGGAAUAAUGGCAGGGAGGACUUGUUGGAGAGAGUUAAGAAGGAAGCAAAAAGAAACAUUCACCUAGAAACAACUCUUGAUAGGAAACUGAACCAAAACAAAGACCAGACUCACUGUGAGGAGAAUCAGGAGGGAAGAAUAGAAAUAGGAAAACAACCAGAAUCAGAGGAGAAAAUGGAAGUAGAUCAGAGCUCAUAAAAACAGCAGGUUGCUGAAUUUCCUUCAAAAGUCCUGCUUCUGCUUUAUCUAAACAUCUAAUCACCAAUUGCAAAAAUUUUUAAAAAGCAAAACAACUGGACUUUUUUACAAAGGUCGAAGACGUUUCUAUGUUAUCUUAGCCAGGGAUUCACAAAGUGUGGUGCCAGGGGUGCGCGAGCCAUUGACAUAAUAUAAGUGUAGACCUUGCAUCGACUGCUUUCGCCUAUGGGCGCUGACGAGAUUUGGGGGCGCCAUCUUGAGGCGGUCGACAGCCCUGCUCUGUGUUAUGUGUUGACCAGGCGCGGAAAACUUUAAAACUAUAGCUAUUAUAACAAAUGGUUCAGUGCAUUUAAAUAUUCUUAGUGGGGUUAACAGUAAUAGAAUAUUCCGAUAGGAUGUAUGUGUAACGGGUGGCACCAGUAGGUGGCUCAGAGCCUCUAUAAAAGGGGAAGUUGGAAGGGUGGUAGCCAGGAGUUCACUUCCUGUGUUUGGGACCAGGGGUGUGGUGGAGCCGCGCUGUUGGCUGUCUGGGGUAGGUUGUGAGGAAAAUUGUUUUGAGUUGAUCCCCUUCAGUAAGUAGGUUUGUGCUGAAUUGGUUUUGUGUUGUACUGGGGUGCAUUGUUGGUGGGCAUGUGGUUGUUCAACGCCGUAGGUAGGCUUUUAUAUUUGCUGUUUUUAAGUGAUGCAGGUAACCAGUUUUUUAAUGAGUAUUUAGUAAUUUUGUAUCUUUUGUUUGACAGGAUUGUCACUGCUGUCCUUUUUAUAGGUCUAUUUUCUUUUUUUGUUAGUCCACCCAGUUUGGAUUGUUUUUUUUCUUUCAAGUGCUUGUUAGGGCGGGCUAACAACUUUCCAUUUAUUUUGUUUGCUUGUUUUUGUCACUUCCUGUACGCUAUUUGCAUUUUAUUUAUACACAAUAAAGAUUGGAAAAUUUAA